AUGUUGGUGGAAGGGCGAUGUAGUAUUGGCUCUUAUCCAAUGAACAGGCCAGACGCAAGGGAGUUCACAGAUUCGUUUAACCCAGGGAAGCACACACCAGGGAAGCAUUACGUCCUUACCGGCGCAUUUCUUGAAAAUAUUACAGGAUUUGAUGCUCAAUUUUUUGGAAUAUCUCCAAGCGAAAGCCGUUCAAUGGAUCCCCAACAGCGAAUACUUCUUCAAGUUGUCUUUGAAGCGAUUGAAGACGCUGGCAUACCCCUUGAGGACUUACAACAAUGUCGAACUGGCGUUUAUGUUGGAUCUAUGUGCACGGAAUAUAGUGCACUGGUUUUUGAUCAUUCGAAUAUUAGAAAGAUUGAUCAGUUCUCGUCAACUGGCUGCUCUAUGUCAGUUAUAGCCAAUCGCAUUUCUUUUUCUAACCUAACUGGCCCUAGCAUCGCUUUGGAUACUGCUUGUUCCUCGUCUUUGGUUGCUUUGGACAUUGCAUUUCAACACUUACAAACUGGCGAGUGUGACGCAGCUAUAGUUUGUGCCCCUAAUAUAAUUCUCAUUGGAAACCAAUUUCACACGGCAUGCUGCAGAACUGGGCUGUUAGCCGAAGAUGGUCGUUGCAAAUGUUUUGAUAUCAAAGGUGACGGCUAUGGGCGAGGAGAAGGUGUAGCUGUCUUAAUAAAACCUACCCAAACAGCCUUAGAUGAUAGAGAUAAUAUCUAUGCAGAGGUCUUGGCUUGCGGAACAAAUAAUGAUGGCCAAACAGCGAUUCCAAUGACAGCACCUAGUCAGGUAACACAAGCCGCUCUUUUAAGAGUUCUUCAAGAGUCAGGUCUGACCAAGGACGAUAUAACAUACGUGGAAGCACAUGGCACCGGUACAGCCGUUGGAGAUGUCGUCGAAAUGGGAUCACUAUCAGCAGUCUAUGGCAAUAGUGGCAAAAGAUUACUUCGUGUAGGAUCAGUGAAAUCAAACCUCAUGAUGCCUGAAAGAAAAAUGGUGGUUCAAGUUUCCAAUGAAACUUGGAAAACCGAGGAUGAUAAGCCGAGAACCGCCGCGGUAUCUUCGUAUGGAUUCGGCGGCGCAAAUGCCCAUGCAAUCAUUAGGGAAGUAACUACAAAGCCAACUAUAAUCCCAAGCAGAAAUUCAUCCAACAGAGUUCUAACAUUGUCGGCAGCGUCGAAAGAAGCAUUGAGAGCAAUGGCUAAAAAGGUGUCCUUAUCGCUAAAGAUAAAGCCUGAUGACGACGAACUUCUUAAAGAUAAUAUUUGUUAUUCCCUCAACGAAAGGUACACAAUGCAACUUUAUCGCUUGGCGGAAAACGGAUGGGAAGAUUGGUGGCUACAGGGGCCGUCACUAAGCCGCGUCGUGAAGUCGUAUUCCUCUAUGGUGGUCAAGGUGCACAGUGGUAUGACGGCUCUGUUUGCCAUACAUUUUGCUUUAACCGAGCUACUAAAAUCAUGGGGUGUUUUACCGUCCGCGGUUAUUGGUCAUAGUCUUGGAGAAAUAUCUGCAGCCUGGGCAUCUGGAGCAUUAAAUUUGAAUAAAGCUUUGCAGUUGGUUUUGUUUCGCUCUCAACUUCACGAGAAAUGUUCACCAACAGGAUGUAUGGCUGCCAUUGGGAUGACAGAAAAGGAAGCUCGACAUAUGCUGCAAGAUCUUCAACUGACAAAUGAGGUCGACGUUGCCGCCGUGAAUAGCCCAGGUAAUGUUGUGUUAUCUGGUAGCAAAAGGUCAAUGGAGCUGGUGGAAAACCAUGUGUCCAGUGAAAGAAGCAAUCUUUUUUGGAAGAAACUUACUACGACUCGAGCAUACCAUAGUAGAGAAAUGGAUGAAAUAAAGCCAAGCAUUCCUUAA